ACUUUCUUUGGGAACCUGAAUGCAGCAAUGGAUGUGGAUAUGACGCAAAUACACUUCCUGCGUAAGUGACAUCAUCAUCCAAGAUGGCGGCGCUGGCGUCCUUGAUGCUCAAGUCCAGAGCAGGACUUUUGGCCCCAGGUCAGUCUGCUCUCCUGGGCUCGGUGAGGUUUGCCUCCAAGAAGUCUGGGGGCUGCAGUAAGAACAUCGGAGGGAAGAGCCCUGGCAAGAGAUAUGGAUUCAAGAAACAGGAUGGUAACUUCGUCCAUGCCGGGAACAUCCUCGCAACACAGAGACAGAUGCGGUAUCACCCAGGAGCCUUUGUGGGAAUGGGGACCAACAACACGCUGUACGCUCUGGAGGACGGCCAUGUCAGGUUCACUAAAGAGAUCUACAUCCCCCCGCCCCGCAGCCCCGAGGCCACCAAGGUGAUCACCAAGCUGCCCCAAGGAGCCGUGCUCUACAAGACCUUCAUCAAUGUCCUGCCUAUCAAACAGGAGGGCAAAUUCAAACUGGUGGACAUGGUGUGAAGCUCUGGACUCAUGUAGAGGUGUUUCUCCUCGAUCCAUAAGUGUACAUGGAGUGAGUGGGACGGAUUUACCUCAAUGGACACUUCUGGAUGAUUUCUAGAGAUCUGAGUGAAGAGCUGAGAGGAGUCAGGGGAAGUUUUUCAGCUUCCAGAGUUCAGCUCUUCAGUGACACACUGUUCUGAACAUCAUUGGCCAACGUUCAACUCUGUUGUGCAUCACUUUGCAGUUUAUUCACUCAUAAAAGCUCUGACCCCUUUUGUCCUAAAUAUGUAAUAUGUAAGUGCACAAAGGCCUGGUUCAAAAUAAUAACCCAGAAAUGAUGGAUUAACUGUCUUCAUGAUGAGCAACAAGUUCAGAAGUGUGUCAGAUCUCACGUCCGUAAAGAGCUGAGGUGCUGUUGUGUGAUACAGAGUUGUGAUGUAUGUACUGAAUUAAAGUUUUAUAUAUUAAUGCAAA